CGGAGGAAAAAAACACCACAAGGGAAAAAGAAGGAACAAAUUCAACAAAAUGGAAAUGUACAAGGUUGCUGUUUAGUCGCCUGCAAUGCAAGCGGACGUGCUUUCGUGGUGAAUUCCCCCCUUCCUUUUUAUUCUCUGUGUGUGGUAGUUUGACCCUCCCUCUCCCCCCAUCAUGCUGAGUUUCCUGCGCAGGACGCUGGGGCGACGCUCCAUUCGGAAACAUGCCGAGAAAGCCCGGUUACGGGAGGCGCAGCGUGCCACGACGCACAUCCCUGCUGCCGGGGAUGCAAAGUCUAUCAUCACCUGCCGCGUGUCCUUGUUGGACGGGACGGACGUCAGCGUCGACCUGCCGAAAAAAGCCAAAGGUGAGGAGCUGUUCGACCAGAUCAUGUACCAUCUGGACAUCGUAGAGAAAGACUACUUUGGACUGCGCUUCAUGGACUCAGCACAAGUACCGCAUUGGAUUGACGUUACAAAAAGUAUCAAAAAGCAAGUGAAAAUUGGCCCACCGUACUGCCUUCACAUGAGAGUCAAGUUUUACUCGUCAGAACCGAACAACUUGCACGAGGAGCUUACCAGAUACCUAUUUGUGUUACAGUUAAAGCAAGACAUCCUCAGUGGAAAGCUAGAAUGUCCUUUUGAAACAGCGGUGGAGUUGGCUGCUUUCUCACUACAAGCUGAGCUAGGUGACUGUGACCCAUUAGAACAUAAUCUGGACCUGGUGUCAGAAUUUCGCUUCAUCCCCAACCAGACAGAGGACGUGGAGCUGGCUAUAUACAAUGCAUGGAAAGAGUGCAGGGGUCAGACACCUGCACAAGCUGAGAUCAACUACCUGAAUAAAGCAAAGUGGUUAGAAAUGUAUGGGGUUGACAUGCAUAUGGUCAAGGCGCGAGAUGGAAAUGAGUACAGUCUCGGUUUGACACCCACAGGAGUUCUGGUGUUUGAAGGAGAAACUAAGAUCGGCCUCUUCUUCUGGCCGAAGAUCACUCGUUUGGAUUUCAAGAAGAGCAAACUGACUCUGGUGGUCGUGGAGGAUGACGAACAGGGCAAAGAACAGGAGCACACCUUUGUCUUCAGGAUGGACCACCCUAAGGCCUGUAAGCACCUCUGGAAAUGUGCUGUGGAGCAUCAUGCUUUCUUUAGGCUGAGAGGACCGGUACAAAAGAACGCUACACGCUCUAGUUUCAUACGUAUGGGAUCACGCUUCAGAUACAGUGGAAAUACAGAGUAUCAGACAACCAAGGCCAAUAAAGCACGGCGGUCAACCUCGUUUGAGAGAAGGCCCAGUCGACGCUACUCAAGAAGAACCAUGCAUAACAGAGGACCAUUCCAUCCUCAGGAGGUUCUUUCCUCAGGCAAUGGAGUCAGCUCCAGCAAAGACAAGGUCACUCCCAGUAGAGGUGCCUGGUCAGGUGUGCCUGUGGUCAACCCAGUACCUGUUUCUACCUGUGGAACGAUGGAAAUAGAAGCUCUGCCCAGGAGCCCUGGAGGAGAAAAGAGGAGUGUACCCCUGGUUGCUGACCUGAUGGAGACGUGCAUUGAUGACGUCCUCAGAGCUCAGGUUGUUCCCACGGUGACUGCUUCAGAGGAGCCGGGACCAAGUAACGCCUAUUCUGCUUCAAGCGCCUCCGGGGAAGAAUUGCUCAGCCUCACUGAAACAGCAGCUCGUCUGAAGCAGCUGGAGUUGGAGAACAGUCCGUGUCCCGCUACUCAAAGAAAUAACAUCAAUAUCAAUGUGGCUAUGAAUAAUCAGGAGGAUAUUGUCAAGCUCACAGAGAAAUGUGGUCUGACCAGUACAGGCGGUAGUCCAGUUGUUACUCCACUGCGCACCCCGGAGGAUCUGAAGAGUAACAUCCUGAAAGCACAAGUCGAGGCUGCUGCUCUGAAGGGGCCUUUGGAGGAACAUGGUCCAGUGAUUGGAGAUAAAAACUGUAAUUUGCAGGAGGCCUCAACCAGGUUGAAGGUUCGCACCGGCCGAUUGGGCAGCAACUCGUCUUUGUCUGUGAGCAGCCGCCCCGACGUACCAGAAACCUGGGACCUGCUCAAACCAGCCUCACUGGUGUCAUCAGCAGGGACCAGUGCCGAGAGGUUAGCUGAAGAUUCAAACCCUCUUCUUCCCAAGAUGCCCUCAGAGUGUGUCGGCGAGGUCAUGGCACUAAAGGUUAAAGCGGAGGAGGUCGACCUGCCAAACACCGCCCCUCUGUCUGACAACCUGAUUGACUUCACUGACCCGACUCCUGUGCUGCCACCAGUGCAGCAGCCCAAACCUGUCAUCACACCUCGCUGGAUCAUUCCUACGUCUAAUCCUCCUGGCGUUUUUACUAACGGCCUGCUCGACCUUGACCCCCCUGCUAAGGUCACUCCUCUUCUCCCUGCUGAUGGGGGAGCAGCUCUCACCCCAGCCCUCCCCCACCACCACCCCGCUCUCACACGUAACACCGUCUCCACCAGCACUGUGGGUCAGCAGCCGGCCUCAGACGAUGGAGCCAAACCCAGAGGUCUCCUGACCACUGAGCUCUGAUGGAGGAAAUGAGGAGCAGCCAUCACAACAUCAGCCUCCCUGACUAACUCUCCCACCUUCACCCAUUCACACACUCACGUGGGCUUAAAAGAGAAAGGUGGACGUAGGGGAGGAGGAGGAGGCAGCUUACAAGCACCACAAACCACACACUCUUAACUGCACCAACACUGACAAACUGGAAAUAUAUAGGAGUAAUAGUUUUGACCUCUUAAGAGCACCUGACUGACCUGCCAUUUACUGAAUCCAUCCAGUCUACCAAACCUCGGUCUCCACCACCAGCACCAUCUCUCCAUCUCUCUUUGCAGCUGUUAUCCAACUCUUGUUUUUGGCAGAGGUCAAGUUGGGGCUCACACACACACACACACUAAACUGUAUGAUCGUAUAAUGCUGUAUGGUACAUCGUAUCCACCAGCAGUUUAUGACGUAAAUGAUAGAUUGUUUUUUUUGUUUUUUUUAGUGCUGCUUUCCUCCCCUUUUUUUUUUAGGGUUGUAGGUCUUAUCACUAGUAAUGAAUACCACUGGAUAUCUGCUACUCUGAGCUUUUUUUUUUUUUUUUUGUACAUUCACAGAUCACACAGCAUGUAGAGCUGCUCAUUCACGCACUGAAACAAGUCUAUAAAGAAAAAAAAGACCUAAAAAAAGACAAUGACUUUUUUUUUUAAAGUGUUGAUUUUAAGAGAUAAGAAUAUCUGGACUCUUAAUGUAAUGUGGAUAUUAUACUCUGCUGUCCUUGUAGCACACUACAGACAUUUUUUAAACUAGUCAGUACUACAUGUGAAAUUCACUGGAUAUGAUUUUUUUUUUUUUUUCCCCUCCCAAGAAUCACUGGAUUAUCUUUGCAACACUGGACCACUGGAAGGAAUUAUUUCCAAAAAUGACCAACUCAGCUGAUUUUAUUAUCCCGCUCUUACUGUUUUAGUCUUUUUUUUUUUUAACAUGCUUUUAUUUUGCCCAUCACGGUACUUUGGGAAUUGAUACUUUUUUGGUACCAGCAUCAUGAUUUAAUCUACUGUAUGAUGUUCUCAAUGUGAGGUUUUUGAACUUUUUAAACUGUGAUCUUACACUUUGUAUCCACUUCACCUGCUUCCAACGUGUGGCAGCUUUCAUACACGUUAAUGGUAACUUUUGAAAAUUAGGAAUGUAAAUCGCACAAGUUAAAAAAAGCUUUUCAAUUUUCAAAAUGUAAAAAAAAAAAAAAUCAGCACUCACUAACUGUGAUCACUGGAAUACACGAUGGGUGGAUGGGGUGUGAAGUUUGUCUAACUGGAUAUCUGAAAUGAAUUAUAGACUGUAAUUCUGUUAUAGAAAACGGCUCCUCAUAGUAACACGCUGUAGCUUCGACCCUGCCUUAUGGACAUGAAUGUAUUCAUAUAGUCUCACCUGAGCAUACUGGAGAUGUCACAGUACGUCAUUUCACAAAUGUUAAACCCACCAUUCCUGAUAUAGUUUGUUAACUGGAGUAAAAAAAACCCAACCUGUGAAAUAUCUUUAAAAACUGAGGCCUAAUUCUACAAUUUCUAAGUAUAUGAAUAGAAAGAAAUAAAAGUAUCACAUUGGUAAAGUUGUAGAUCUCAUGCAUUUAAAAAAAAAUCUGAAAAUGAUCACUAAAUCUGGACCAUCGUUUCAAGUAAUGUCGUUUUCUUUUUCAUCUGUCUUGAACAAAGGGAGCCGACUGUUUUUUACGUCUACUUAGCAGCGACAGUUUAGUGGUGCUACCGCUCAGAUAUUACAUGUUGUCCUGACGUGUUUUAGCUGUUACACUCAUAUAAUGUAUCGUCAGUAAUGAUGGCGUCAGCUGGCUGUAGAUAUGAAGUAGAUUUAAAUAUACAUAAAUAUAUAUAUUUUUUGACAAUGAUGUUGGCAGUAUUGUUACUAGACACACAGCAUUGAGGUGUUUUUCUAAUUACAACAGUAGUGGUGGUAUUACUGAUCAAACUGAUGAUGGGGAAAGAACGUUGAGAUUGUGAGGUCUCAGAUGUAAUUUUGUACAAUUUUCUUCUUUUUUUUUCCUUUCCUGGAAUAGCUGAUGAUGAUUCAGUAAAGCUUUCGCUAUGAGUCAACUGUUUUUCAUUUGUUUUUACUGUUUUGGUUAUGUUGAAAGAAAGUUAUCACUGAUUACAGCUGGAAUUAUGCAAGACUGCUACUGUGGACCAGAUAUUUUUGAUUAUAUGAUUUUUCUUUUUUCUUGUUGAACCAGCUAUGAAAAGGUAAAACACCAGAUUCUGUGUUCCUGUUUUAAAUCCAUUUGCUCUGUGAUAAGUAAAGCUCUUUUGUCUGUAUCAGAAAAUGUAGCAAUAACUGACUCGAGCUGUUUUUUGUUUUUUAUUAAUUAAGUGAUCACCUGUAUCUGAGCUCAGUCACCUUGUUUUAUCCAAUGAAGUAUGUUGCUUAAGUCA